AUGAACCACUCGGUGGAUGAUCAAAACAUGGCUUUUAUCUCUCAAAUGUACCCUGAUGUCUACACUCAGAUUGUACCACAACAAGGAGAAGUGAAGCAGCCGAAGCGGAGGAGAAAGAAGAGCAAAGGAGCGGUGGCUGCCGGAGAUGGAAGCAACGGCUUGUUUAGGAAGAGAAAGCUUACGGAUGAACAAGUGAACAUGUUGGAGAUGAAUUUUGGCGAUGAGCACAAGCUUGAGUCGGAGAGGAAAGAUAGACUAGCGGCGGAGCUAGGGCUUGACCCUCGUCAAGUUGCCGUUUGGUUUCAGAACCGCCGUGCACGGUGGAAGAACAAAAGGCUCGAGGAAGAGUACAACAAACUCAAGAACUCACAUGAUAACGUCGUUGUCGACAAGAGCCGACUUGAGUCUGAGGUUCUUCAGCUCAAGGAACAACUCUAUGAUGCAGAAAGGGAAAUCCAAAGAUUAGCAGAACGAGCAGAAGGAGGUUCAAGCAACAGUCCCAUUUCGUCUUCCGUUUCCGUUUCCGUCGAAGCCAACGAAACACCAUUUUUUGGAGACUAUACAGUCGGAGACGAUGGUGAUGACUAUAAUAACUUGUUUUAUCCUGUGCCGGAAAACAGUUACAUCGACGGAGUAGAAUGGAUGGGUCUAUACAUUUAA